UUACACAAACUAAUGAGAAGGAAGAAAAUAUGGCAAAUACGUCAAAACCUGAUGUCGAUGUUCUUAGAGAGAUUAUAUCCCGCAUGCCUUUGAAGGUAAUUGUUCAAUAUAAACUUCUAUCAACGGAAGUUAGAAAUUUGAUUUCUCAUGAUGCUGAAUUCGCCCAAAUUCUGUCCAAACGCUAUAAAGACUCUUCUACACAACUCAUCUAUACAGUGUAUAAUGGGUGGUCAGAACGAAAUAGUUUCUACAAAAUCUCCUUAAACCCAAUCACUCAAUCUGUGUCGACUAUACCCGAUGAAGUUGAUAUUUUGGCCUCAUGUAAUGGUCUCAUUCUCAUUGACUUUGAAAUAGUUAGUCGUUACUGUGUUUUCAAUCCCAUUACUGGAGAGCACCAAUUAAUACCAUACCCAAAUGCUUUGCCAAAUAACAAUAUUGAAAGGACUGGCCUAGCGGUUGAGUACCCGAAAGCAGAUCAGUACGAAUUGGUAACCAUCAGUAAGUUGGAGGAAAAUUCCAACUUGUUCUACAAGUUUCGCCUACUUUCAUCACAGCAACCUGGCGUGUGGCGCGAAAUCCAACUGAGGACCUCUUUUGUAUCAUUUUGUGUUGGUAGUCCACAUGUUUAUUGGGGUGAUUCUCUGUACUGGCUCAGAAAGGACGGUAGUGUUCUAGCUUUUGAUACUAAGAGAGAAGAGGCUACACUGAUUGACCGUUCUGAGUUUCUUGACAGGGAUUAUGGUAAAAUUUUCAGUGGUCAGGAUAUAUGGAUAGGGACAGCGCAAGGUUUACUUACCCUUGUAUGCAUUUUCAGAACGCGCAUAGUCAUUGCUAAUUUUGACAGUGUAAACAGACGUUGGAUGGCUCCCCGCACUAUGGACAACUUUGUUUUAAAUGAACAAGGCAGUUUUAAUGGCUGUCCAGUCUGGAUCGAUAGCAAGCGCGUGUCUUUUCUGGUACAGAAUCCCCAGACACGGCGUUAUGAUCUAUACGAGUACGAUACCAAUACCAACGCGUACCAAAAUGUUGCAGUGUUGAACAGAUUCAAUGCUCGCAUGUAUUGCUACCAUCCAACGUUAGCUUCUGUCCAUAGCACACCCGACAAUGAUGUAACGGUUGAUAAACAGGAGUAUAUUGCUGAAAAUUUGAAUGAUAUUAAAAGAUUUAUCAUCGAAGGUAUUCCCAUAGAAGAAGAAUCAUCAUCAGCAUCAUCAGAAGAGGAAGAAGCAUUUGAAGAUGAAGGAGGAGAAUUUGAAGAUGAAGGAGGAGAAUUUGAAGAUGAAGAAUUUGGAGGAGAAGAUGAAGCAGGAGGAGGAGAAGAAGAUUGAGGGCAUAGUUAAAUUAUGUAAUAGCCGUAGUUUCCUGUAUGCAUUUUUAAUAAAAACUUCUUUCUUUUUUUUA